CUCCUAGGCGGCCACGGCAAGGUAGCCCAGCUCUUGACCCCUUUGCUCUUGAAGCGCUCCUGGACUGUCACGAGCGUGAUCCGGGCUCAGGAACAAGUCCCCACGAUCAAGAAGUUGGGGGAGAGCCAGAAUGGGAAGCUGAAUGUUCUCGUCAGGAGCCUGGAAGAUGUCAAAUCUACAGAUGACGCCAAGAAAGUCAUUGAAGACGCCGGGAGGGAGGGAGAAAAGGGGGUGGACUAUGUUGUUUGGAGUGCCGGUGCUGGUGGGAAGGGUGGUCCGGAGAGGACCUACGCCAUCGACCGCGACGCCGCCAUCCACUUCAUCCGCGCAGCUGCCUCCACCCCCUCCAUCACCAAGUUCUUGAUGGUGUCUUAUCUUGCUUCUCGCAAGGCAAAGCCUGCGUGGUGGAGCGAGGAAGAGUGGAAAGCCGCCCAACAUGUCAACAAUGAGGUCUUGCCGACGUACUACAAGGCCAAGAUUGCUGCUGAUGAGGAGCUGUACCGUGUUUCGAGGGAGAGUGAGACGCUUGUGGGGAUUAACCUCCGUCCUGGGACGUUAACGCUGGAGCCGGCCGGGAAGGUGGAGUUGGGGAGGACGAAGGGGUCGGGUGGGGAUGUGAGCAGGGAGACGGUCGCUGUUGUUGCUGAUGAGUUGUUGGCCAGGGAGGGGGUGAGGAAUGGUUGGAUUGAUUUGUUGGAUGGGGCCGAGGGGGUGAGGGAGGCGGUGGAGAGGGUUGUGAGGGAGGGGGUUGAUGCUGCGGAGGGGGAUCCGGUUUACGAUGAGUAG